AUGUCGAGCAACCCUUCCGGUCGGUCUCUCCCUUUCGACCCGAGCCUGCUCCAACCCAUCGUCCGGAGCAAGCGCACGCCCAUUGCAUGCACUGAAUGCCGCCGGCGCCAAGUCAAGUGCUCGGGCACCAUGCCGCGCUGCGAACGCUGCACCAAGAAGAACAUCGAGUGCACGUACGUGUCGCUCAGCGAGCAGCGUGGCGUCUCUGCGUCCACAGGCGGCUCUAUCUCUCGCUCGGGCACCCCGUCGCAGUCGCAGUCUCAGCUCGGUUCGUCACCGGCCGGCCACCCGCAUGCACGCGUCCAUGGGUACGGUAGCAGCACUCUCGCACGGUCUUCGACGCCGCUUGGAUGGCAGGCAGGCGUGCAGGGGUAUUCUGCUGGCUCAGCGUAUCCCGCGCCCCAGGGCUGGCAAGCCAGCUCCCCUAACUCGUCGCCGGUCAGCCCAUAUACUCCGCAGGGGGCACAAGCAAGCCAAAAUCAGAGCUAUGCCGGUGUUCCGAUGGCAUACCCUCAAGGCUACAGCCAGCAAGCCGCCUUCGCGCAGGGGGGUGGUAUGGGUCAGGCAGGUGAUAUGUUUGUCUCGCAAGGCUAUGCGCAGCAGGGACAGCAAGUCGGGACGUCAUACAACGCAUACGGGCAUGCUGUUCCCGCCGGAGAUCCAACGUACGCUUAUCAGGCGGCUCAACUAGCUACUAUGGCCGGAGGGGAUCAACAGACCGCGGCAUAUAUGGGUCAGUUCGCUCCACAGCAGCAAGUGUUUUUUGACCCAGCCAGCGGGCAAAUGAUCCCUGCCGACGUCGCUAGCCAAUGGGCGGAGAACCCUCAUAUGACUUACCAGGACCAAACCUAUCCUGGUGCCAACUAGAUUACCUUUCUUGAACAAUAGGACAUUAAGUUUGGGACAUCGUUGUGACAUUGACUCUCUCCUCCAUUCUCUUUCUCAUUCUCUCCGUCUUUUCCCCUAUUGCCUUCUGCACUUACUAGAUGGCUGUUCUUCCCAAUGUAGCAUAUAUUUAUAUCACAUCCUAGUCUUCGCCAAUAGAAGGCAUCCCGUAUAUCAUGUAGCGGAUAGACAGUCUCGUCACAACUUUUCGUCCUCAAUGUAUUUGUAGUCCGCUUGUAUCGAUCCCUACAUUCCGAGGCCAUCCCCUCUUAUCCCUAUGUAUAG